UUUUUUUUUUUUGCAUGACGUCAUCAAAAGCGGACAACUUUCAAUCAGCGUUGAUUUGUUUUCAUCGAAGGGUGCCUGCAUAUUUUGCUGCCAGUUUUUGUGUUUGAUGCUCCCAUGAAUCCAAUAAUCAAACGAAGACUUCCUUCGUCUUUGAGGACUCUGCUGACUGACAUCAGUCCGAAAGAAGAAUGGACAGACGUACAGCCACACCCGGAGAUCAGGGAUGGGAUUAUACUACCGCCCAGGGGAGUUGCUGUGGGACCAGAGGAGCUUCUCUCUCCAUCCCAUGGCGAGAAUACUGCACAGAGCAUAGAGAAAAGCGAGAGAAGAGCUGUGUGCUUGCUUUGCCACUGUAAACCCUCCCUGUAUACCUGUCCUCGGUGCAAUGUGCCCUACUGCAGUUUGACCUGUUACAAGAGCCCUGAGCACUCCGUUUGUUCAGAGGACUUUUAUAAAGAGUCUGUUCUUCAGGAGCUGAAGGAGAUGGGUAAAACUGAGGCGGAAGGAAAAAAGAAAAUGCAAGAAAUUCUUUUAGGACUUAGAAAGAAGGCAGAAAAUACAGAUGGUGGCAUGGAGAGUCUGCUGAAAGAAGAAGGGGUUUUGUCAGGGCAAUCAGAAGAAGGACCAGAAGACACAAAGAUCAAUGUAGAAGCUAUUGAACUUUUGUCAAGGCUUGCAGAAUUACAGGAGACUGAUGAGGACAAUGCAGAGGAGAUUGAGAAUAUUUUAAGAAACCUUCAAAAAAUAGGAACAGAGAACAAUGUCGAUGCACUAGAGGAUAAAGAUGCCCAGGAUGAAAAUGAUGACAUAGAUUUAGCUGAUCGAUUGCAAGGGUUGGAUAUUGAUGAGCUCUCAGAGGAACAACUGUGGGGCCUUUUGAACAAAGAGGAGAAGAAAAAGUUUGUAGGAUUAAUUAAACAUGGUGCUUUUAAUGGACUUGUUACUCUGUGGAAGCCAUGGUGGGAGGAUCAUGAGGAGAGUGGAUGGGUACAGAUAGAAGUGCUCCAGGAGGAAAUGAGUGAAGAGAAAAAAUGCAAUGCCAAUACUGUUAAAACAUUACAACAAGGUACACUUGGAAAUAAAUCUAAUACAAAGAUUAAACAGGUCAAAGAAAAAAGAAAAGACAUAGACAACAGCCAAGAGUCAGCCCAAACUGGUGUCCCUCCAGUUUCUGCAAAAAUCCCCAAGUUGAGUUGCCUGUGUUCAAAUCCGUCCCCUUUGGUUGGCUUCUCUUUGGUCAAUGCAAUUUUCAGUUACUCAUUCGCUCUUUGUUUCUUUAAUGGAGACACUGACUCUCUCAUGUUUGAACUGUGUGACAUGAUAUUAACUAUGUCUGAGGCACUGAAUUCAAACAAAAUAUUUAACUCAGUCCAGGAGGCAUUAGAUUCUGUACAAACUUUAAUUUUAGGCAAAGGCUACCUCAGUAAGGAUGACCCCGAUGCCCCCACCAGAGCAGUAGAAGCUGUAGCUCACAUACUAACAGGCAAAAACAGGGAAUAUUCAAUUGGAUACUGUCUUUCUGCUCUAAGUCAGCUGCGAUUAGUGUUCACGCAGGCCAGAGCAGCCUUAUCUAAGGAGGAAGACCAGGGAAAUAAGAGAAAGAAAUACUUUAUGGCCUGCAAAAAAUGUGAGUUCCUCCAAGCUUGGGUGGUGGAAAAUGAACAUAAUAUAAGUAUUCUUGCUAUUGAGUUAUGGAAUGAACACAGUAAAAGAGAGACAGAAUUGUUAUCAAUGACUAAAGCAAAGACUGAGGUUCAGCAGAGCUGGAAAAAAGGAAAACGAAGAGGAAAUGGUAAAUUGGUAGAAGAAAUCUAAAGCACUUGCAUUUUUUGAAUGUCUGAUCAUCUAUUUGUGUGUGUUUUUUCCAAUAAACUCUUUUAAACCA